AUGGCGGAAGCAGACACAUUUCUGUUCACUUCGGAAUCUGUUUCUGAGGGGCAUCCCGACAAAAUGUGUGAUCAGAUUUCCGAUGCGGUACUGGACGCUCACUUAGCUCAAGAUCCGAAUGCCAAAGUAGCCUGUGAAACAGUGACUAAAACGGGAAUGAUCAUGUUGUGCGGUGAGAUAACAUCUAAAGCUACAGUCGAUUACCAAGUUUUGGUUAGGAAAGUCGUUGAAAAAAUUGGCUACGAUGAUUCUUCAAAAGGAUUUGAUUACAAAACAUGCAAUGUGUUAGUCGCUUUGGAGCAACAGUCAAGCGAAAUUGCUUCUGGAGUACACUUGGAUAAGAGUGAUGAAGAAAUAGGAGCUGGAGAUCAGGCAUGUCGUGGCCUUAUGUUCGGCUACGCAACUGAUGAAACAGACGAAGCAAUGCCUUUAACUCUACUACUAGCACAUAAGUUGAAUGCAAAACUCCAUGAACUUCGACGAAAUGGUACCUUACCGUGGGCCCGACCAGAUUCUAAGUCGCAGGUUACAAUUGAGUACGCUUUUGAUCGCGGAGCCUGCGUACCGCUUCGAGUUCAUACUGUUGUUGUUUCAACGCAGCAUAGUUCUGAAAUCCCGGUAGAAGAGGUGCGUAGACAAGUGAAAGAAAAAGUAGUUGAUGUUGUUAUUCCAAAACAUUUAAUGGAUGACAAAACAGUUUUUCACCUGAACCCUUGUGGAAGCUUCAUUAUUGGAGGACCAAUGGGUGACGCUGGCCUUACGGGAAGAAAGAUUAUUGUCGAUACUUAUGGUGGAUGGGGCGCCCAUGGAGGUGGUGCUUUCUCUGGUAAAGAUCCUACAAAAGUAGAUAGGUCAGCAGCUUAUGCAGCAAGAUGGGUUGCAAAAAGUUUGGUUAAAGCCGGCCUUUGCCGUAGAUGCUUGGUUCAGGUUUCAUAUGCAAUUGGCAUUGCUAAACCACUUUCGGUAAUGGUCUUUUCGUUUGGUACUUCUGCAUUAAAUGAAGCUGAGCUUUUGGAGGUUGUGAACAACAACUUUGACCUUAGGCCGGGUAUGAUUAUUAGGGACUUAAAAAUGAAGAGGCCCAUUUAUGAAAAGACUGCUGAAAACGGUCACUUUGGGAAUCCCGAUUUUCCAUGGGAACAGAGUAAACCCUUAAAGAUCAGAGACGAGCUGUUAGAGAAAUCCAAAGGCCCGCUGGUUGCUGAAAAAGCUAAUGCAAUCGCGCAUUGA